AUGGGCCUGAUGAGAACACCACCCACGAAAACCAAGUCACCAACACCACCACCACCACCAGAACAAGAACAAGAACUCGACAGCCUACUCAACUCAAUCGCACCAUCACCACCACCAGAACAGCUCAAGCCACCGCGGUCGAUCCCAAAACGAACGAGCCUACAAGAACUAGACCCAUUCAAGAAGAAACCAAAACUGGUCAGAAGCCCACAACAACAACCAUCAUCAAUACCCAUCCUCACCCGACAACCUAAAACACCCAGGAUCAUCAAAAACCAACCAGCACCAGCUCAAUCAAACCAGCAAGAAGAUCAAACAGGAGGAGACGAGCGACAAGAGGAGCCUGAACGAGAAGAAGAGGAGCCUGAACGAGAAGCAGAAGAGGAACCUCAAGAAGAAGAAGAGGAGGAGCGUCAAGAAGAGGGCGAAGGAGAUGAAAAUCACGCUGAUGAAAAUGAAGAUGGCCAAGAAGAACAUCCUGUCGAACCAACCGAAGAUCCGCCAACUCAUCAAACCAGUAACAUCCCAAAAUCUACUCCCGCUAAGACCCUUCAAAAUCAAGCCAUCCCAUCCACUCAGACAUCAACCCUCACUCAGACUACCCAUCCUCCCGCACUCACUCCUCUGCCAAUCGAACUCCCGAUCUUCAAAAACAAAUCAUCUCAGCCCCCACCACUACCCCCUCAAGCUGCACCCAAACAGACCUCGCGCAGAAAAAGUCGACACAAUGAAGCUGUUAAACUUACCAUGCCCAUCGAGCAACCCAAGUUCACUGCACCAGUAGUAGUUACGACUCAAGCUGAACUUACAGGGCACAAGACGUUUACAUCCCGAAAAUCAUUUGCGGCCGAUUAUGAUACCAGCCGAGAAUCCAACGCGACCAGUCUGACUUCUAACCUCCAGUUCAUGGAACACAGAAUUGAAGAGUUGGAGGAGCUCGUCAAGAUACUAGAGGACGAACGAGAUAUGUCAGAGUUGGUACGACAAGUCCAAGAGUCGGACAAGGCUUGGAAUGACGAAUGGGACGGAAGUAGAGAGGAAGAGAUCGGGCGACUGAAACUCGAAGAACGGAUCAGGUCGAUGGAAAGUGCCUCAAAAGCUCACGAAUUGGAAUUACGGCUGAAAGCAUUGGAACUCAAGCAGUUAGAAAACCAGCUUGCAAUCAAAGACCAGCAAGCUUGCCAAUUAGCAGACAUCAUCAACGAGCAUCAACAGCAUGCCGUCUCCCAGUACCAGGCCUUACACGCCGAGCUCCAGCAGCUUCGGAUCACCAAUACAGAAUGGGCGCAGAUCGGCCAGAACUUUGAGUCGCUAAUCGAGAUCGAACGGCGGGAGAAGGAGGAGCUUCAGGGCCGGUACGAGCAGGAGCUUCGCCAGUCACAGCUCGAGCCCAACUUUGAGAUCAACACGCUCAAGUAUCAGAUCGUCAAGGCCGAGAACCGCGCCGAACGUCUCGAGGAACAGCUCCGGGAAAUCGCCGAUCAGUCUAAAAACUUCCAGGCUCAGCUGAUCUCCGAGUCCGCGCUCAAGGAUAAACUCACCAGAGAGCUCGAGUUGGCCGAAUGUCGCGUGAGGAGCUUGUCGGAUCAGACAGCCGACCUCAAUAAGACCUUGUCCCAACUCCACAAGGGUGAAGAGAGCAACCAGCGAAUGCUAUUACAAGAUCUCCUGGCAGCACGUUCGACGUUGGCCGAGAAAGAGCAGGAAAUCAUCACCUUGAAUGCCCAUCUCAGCGCUGUUUCCCAGCCAUCGCGGCCCGUGACAAAACGUGGACGGGAGAAAGCGGGUGAGAAGAAUCCGCCAGAGGAGCAGGAGGAGGGGGAGGAAGAGCGAGACGGGGAUGAGGAUGUGGACAAUCCGGCCAGGCUGAUUACUUCCGAUUCCUGGGUCUCCAUCGGCGCGGUCGCCAAAAAGCUCAGCCGGAGCCGCCAAGCAAAGGGCGCCAAGACCGCCUCGACUACGCGUGAUACUGGGGUUGGACCAUCUUCUAAGAGUGCGACCCCAGUCAUCCAAGCACCGGAGGAAGAGGUCGUCGGACAGCCAGAAGUAGAAGCUCCCGAACAACCUGCUCACACGUCGCCGAAGAAAAGGGCUGGCAAGGAGAAAGCCAAACAACCCAGUUCAGAGCCCGAGGAUGUCGGCUCUCCUGUAGCCACUGAUCGUCGGGAGCCGAGUGUGGAGAAGAACGUCGACGAGCAGCCGGCGAAGAAGUCUAGACCGGCGAGAGGCAAGGCCGCCAAAAAGACAGCCAAAGCCGCUGUGCGCAAGAACAAUGACGAGGAUACCAAUGAAGAAGUGGAGGAGGAGGAGAGUAAUGAGCACGCGGCUGUGGUGGCCAAACCCCGUGGAGCAAAGAAGCCCGUCGUCGCCGUUCCUCGUGGACGACGGAAACCGACCACAAAGGCCCGGGCGGCGGAACCCCCAGGUGAGAAAGAUCCGGCCGACGAGUCGGAUCUGAUCGUUACUACCAAUGAGGAGGAGGAGGAUGGGGAUCACGGCGACUCUGCGAUUCUGGCUAUUGCGGACCAGGAGGAGAACGACAAUGAGGAGGAGGAGGAUGCGUCCCGAGCGGGCGAGGAAGAAGAGGAGGUCGAGUCGGCCGCGCCCGGGCCGAAGAAAGGCAGACGCCCAGCAGUGCCCGCUCCGCCGCCCCGCUCGCCGUCCCCAUCCGGCUCCAUCCUCACCCCGCCCUCGCCCUCACCCGCGCCCGGCAAAAAGAAGACCGCCAAGACCGCCAAGCCGGCCGCCCCGGACAGCCCUGAGCCGGCCGCCAAGAAGAAGACGAAGGGCGCAGAGAAGAAGAAGACGAAGGCUAAGGCCAAGGGCGCAAAGAGUGCGCCGCCGCCGCAUGUCGCCCCCGAUCCCGACGCGCGGGAGGGGGAAGAUCAGGGCCGCGAGGUCGAUGCGGGUCGGGUUGUCGGUGGGAAGGGCACGAAACGCAAGAGCGGCGCCGCUGCCGACGACGACGACGAAGAGGCUGACGAGGGCCCCGGCGCGCGUGUGGCUGACGGUCCUGGGGACGACGAUGACGACGACGAGCAGCGCGCGUUGCAAGAAACUCUCAACAAGAAAAAGCGCAAGAUCUUCCAUUCCAAGAAGCCGGCGUUGGCCUGGGCCAGCCAUCGGGGCGAAGAGAACAACAUGCUCGGGCUCCCCCCGGAACUCAGCCCGGUCAAGAAAUCUGCGCCUCGCGCCGGCGCGGGCAAGAAACGCGGGCCCGGUAAGGCCGGCAAUAUCCUCCCGCUCUCGCUCUUGAAAUAA